ACGGGCCGUGGAUUGUGGAGCAGUGCCGAUUUUGAUCGAAUUGGUGAACUCGGGUCUCGAACGGGCUGUUGAGGUAUUGGGUUUGUUGGCAAAGUCUAAGGAAGGGAGAGAGGGCAUGAUGAGGUUUGAUGGGUGUGUGGAGGUUUUGGCGACGGUUUUGAAGAAUGGAACUUCGAGAGGUGUUCAAUAUGCGCUUCUGACUAUGAAUUCGUUGUGUUGUUGUAGUGAAAAGGCUUGUUUGGAAGCCUUGAAAGAUGGGGUUUUUGAGAUCUGUGUUGAAAAAUUGGAGGAUGAUAAUGAGAAGGUUAGGAGAAAUGCAAAGAGUUUGAUACAGUUUAAUACCCAGUCCAGAAGAAUUACCUCUUCUAAUGGUGCCUUUGUCUUAACUGGCCUCCUUCCACUGGCAACCUCUAAACAAAAUGCACCAAAUCCAAAUAUAUUAGUGCUUCCCGACGGUGCCCAAGCUGGUAGGGGUAGUACGGUGGGGGUUAGUCAGGCUUCACAGCGAGACAAAGGAGUUGUGGACUGUGAUAGGUCAAAG